AUGUAUUAUAUUCCUAAUUCUCAGACAACAAAUGCUCCUCCUGGUGAGCUACCUUAAGGCUAAAUACCUUAGACAUAAUAAAAAAUAAUUAGAAAAAUCUAUUAUAUCUAGUAACCUACAUAGAAUCAACCUCCUUAGCAGUAAUUCUAUGCUCAGCCUGCUAAUCCUCAAAUUUUAGCAUAACCUUCUCUUAACUAUAACUAGUCAUCUGCCCCAUCUAAUUACCCUCUAAUGUAGCAAUAAAUUUCUUUAAAAACUGAGCCUGUAACUUAAACCCAUUUAAAUACGGUUUAAAAUUUAAAUUAGUAGGAAAAACCUUUAGAGUUUGAUGAUGGAUCAUUCUCAUAUUUAAUUUCAAAAGUUUAAGUUUCAAAGUAUCUAAAUGGUAUAUUUUCUUAUUAGGUUUCAAGUUAUUGCUAUAAGUGA